GCAGAUCGAAGAAAGACGUUUUCUUUGUCUCGCUGCGACCUCCAUGCUGUGCCUCUGAAUCGGAGGGUCAGUGUUUGUUUGCUGCCAUGGCCAGGGUCAGAUCGUCGUCGUCGAGCAGAUUGAGGUACUGCAACCCGGCGUAUUAUUUGAAGCGGCCGCAACGCCUGGCUUUGCUCUUCAUAGCAUUCGUUUGCAUCUCUCUGGUUGUCUGGGACCGCCAGACUCUCCUCAAAGAGCACGAGGAAGAAGUGGCCAAGUUAAAUGAACAACUGAACCAUUUGAAAAGUUUGGUUGAAGACUCACAAAAUGUGCAAGGUGAUGCCACUAAAAAGAAUACAUUGAAGGACAGGGAUGGUGAGAAAGAGGUUGGCCUGGACCCAAUUGACAUUCAAAGAAGAGAAAAAGUCAAAGAAGCUAUGAUUCACGCGUGGAGUUCAUAUGAGAAGUAUGCAUGGGGCCAAGAUGAACUUCAGCCGCAAUCAAAGAAUGGUGUCAAUAGCUUUGGUGGUCUUGGAGCAACACUAGUAGACUCUCUUGAUACGUUGUAUAUAAUGGGGCUUCAUGAGCAGUUCCAAAAAGCUAGAGAGUGGGUUGCAACCUCAUUGGAUUUUGACAAGGAUUAUGAGGCUAGUGUUUUUGAGACAACCAUAAGAGUUGUAGGUGGACUUCUCAGUGCAUAUGAUCUCUCAGAAGAUAAACUUUUCCUUGAUAAGGCUAGAGAGAUUGCAGACAGAUUGCUGCCUGCAUGGGAUACACCUAGUGGGAUACCGUACAACAUUAUCAACUUGGCAUAUGGAAAGCCGCACAAUCCUUCAUGGACUGGAGGUGAAAGUAUCUUGGCAGAUUCUGGCACAGAACAGGUGGAGUUUAUUGCUCUUUCUCAGAGGACAGGAGACCCGAAGUACCAGCAGAAGGCUGAGAAUGUUAUAGUGGCGCUUAACAAAACUUUCCCUGAUGAUGGGUUGCUUCCUAUUUAUAUUGAUCCCGAAAGAGGAAGAUCAGGAUAUUCCACUAUAACCUUCGGUGCAAUGGGUGACAGCUUCUAUGAAUAUUUACUCAAAGUCUGGAUACUGGGGAACAAAACUUCAGCUGUAAAGCCUUAUAGAGAUAUGUGGGAGAAAUCAAUGAAAGGUCUGUUGAGCUUGAUCCGGAGAACAACACCAUCCUCGUUUGCAUAUUUAUGUGAGAAGAAUGGAAACACUAUGACAAACAAGAUGGACGAACUAGCAUGCUUUGCUCCAGGAAUGCUGGCUUUAGGGUCAUCUGGUUAUAGUCCUGAUGAAUCUAAGCAAUUCUUAUCACUUGCAGAAGAGCUUGCUUGGACAUGCUAUAACUUCUACCAGUCAACACCGACAAAGUUAGCUGGAGAGAAUUAUUUCUUUCAUGAUGGGCAGGACUUGAGCGUGGGUACGUCAUGGAAUAUAUUGAGACCAGAGACAGUUGAAUCACUUUUUUACCUCUGGCGUUUGACUGGCAACAAGACAUACCAAGAGUGGGGCUGGAAUAUAUUUCAGGCAUUUGAAAAGAACUCCCGCAUAGAGUCAGGAUAUGUUGGACUGAAAGACGUUAACACUGGUGACAAAGACAACAUGAUGCAAAGCUUCUUUCUUGCGGAGACACUCAAAUAUCUCUAUCUUCUAUUUUCGCCCUCCUCUGUCAUCUCCCUAGACGAAUGGGUUUUCAACACGGAAGCUCACCCAAUAAAAAUUAUGGCCAGGCAUGAUGCAGACACAUCUGGAAAAGCAAAUGGGAACGAUAGACCAAAGAUUAGAUUGCGCGGGAGGAAGGAAGGUCGAUCACGAGAUUAAUAGGUUUUCUAUAAUCCUAGUGUAAUUCUAGGGUCCAAGUAGGUGAAGGGGCCAAGAUAGUAAGAUACAUUAGUCUGUUGAGAUUUGAUGUCCGCUUUUGUACAAGGAGGAAAUGAUUCGGCUCUACAAAUUACGCCUGGUGGUGGAAGUUGUAUUCUAUGGUAACAUAUGUAUGCUCUUAUGUCACCCUCACAGGAAAAAAUGGAUAUUCCUAGCUCUUAUUACCCAUUUGGGAAUAUGGAUCAACAUUUGUAAUUUCAUGGAGGAAUGUUUUGAAUUGAAUUUCCCCCUCCAUUUGAUUUUUGACAUUUCAAUGGCACUUAUUUGAUUAUUUCCA